ACGACGAGAGCACCCGCCCUGCUCUCGCGUCCACACUGAGCGUCCGUGGACUGGGCACUCCUGGCGGCACACAGAGCCCGAGGCAGUUCUAACUCGGGCAAGGUGGCGCCCGAGCACCCAGAAGAGCUAGCGCACAGAGGCCCGAACAAAGCUGUGGGCGGCAACGUCGCCCACCCUGUGAAGGUCACCUAGGAGACCAGGUCCGCCCCACCCACCGCGUCUGGCAACCUAGACCAGCCAGGGCAGAAAAUGGAAGAGCCUCCCGAAGAGGCUCCCGCAGAAUCCUUGGCACCUGAAAGCACAGCCAAGUCCCCAGAUGACAGCCACACAGAUGGCCAGGAAGACAACCGGCAGAACCAGGAUGAAGAAAACGUAGAGGACCAGACUGAUCCCAGAACAGCUGAGCAGGCUGCCCAAAGAAUGUCGGGACAGACUGACCACAAAGGAUCUGAACCCACCGGGCUCCAAGCAUCCGAUCAAGCGGAUCUCAGGGCAUCCGACCACGCAAAUGUUGCUCAGCGUAGUGCAUCUGAUCAGGACAACCAAAGAAUGUAUGAACAGACAGACAGGAGGACAUCUAGACAAACCAAUCGUGUACAGGUGGAAGAAACUGACAGCCAGAUGUUUCUUCCACGUGAACAAAGAACUUCUGAGCAGUCUGAACGCAGGAGGUCCUACCAGGCUGAAAGCAGAGAUUACGGGCAGAUUGACCGCAGGAUGUCCAGCCAGACUGAGCCAAGAGCUUAUGAACAGAGUCACCAUAGAUUGUCUGUCUCAUCAGAACAACGAGCCUCUGAACAGAUUGGCCACAGAAUGCCCAGCCAGUCUGACAACAGAACUUUAGAACAGAUAGACGGCAGGUUGUCCGGCCUGGUCGAACGAAGAACUUCUGAAAAGAUCGACAGCAGGUUGUCUGGCCUGGCUGAACGAAGAACUUCUGAAAAGACUGGUCAUAGACCAUCUAACCAAGCUGACCUCGUACCAUCUCUAAAGACUCAUCAAGAUGUGUAUGAGGAAGCUGCUGACCAAGCUGACCGCAGUGCCGAUCACCUUCCCGUUGACAAUGCUGACUACGGUGACGAGAUGGAACACUUAAUGGCUGAAGAGAAUUACUACAAGGACUACCUAGCUAACUAUGGAGCACCUGGCCAGUACGAUGACAGAAUAUUUGCCCAAUUUGGUGACAUUAAGGCGUACAAAGAAGCUGAGCCCAGAAUAGAACCCUGUGAAUUUGAGACCAAAGAAACCACCGGUGACAAUUCCCCAGUUUCAGUUGAGACUGACAAUGAAAGUGAGACCUAUCUGCCAGCCUUUGGCUCGUUUGGUGCCAGAUUCACCAGUGAUUUGCAAGCAAAAGACCAAGUCUAUUCCCAGAGAUUCCCCUAUAUCUCACCCAAGUUGGACUAUAUCAUCAGUCAAGAAAAAACUGAAGCUGUAGAAACCAAGCCUGAUGAUGUUCCAGAACACCAAGAAGGAAGGAAAUCUUUUGGAUACAAUCAAACUUAUAGGAGGCAGUUCCCUCCUAUUGUAUAUGAAGAUCCUUAUCAAGUUUCACUACGAUACAUGGAGAAGCACCACAUUCUGCAAAUAUUCAAGCAGAUCACUGAGAACUUAGUCUAUGAAAAGCCAGAGGACCCCCUCAGUUUUAUGCUGUGCCAGGUACAGGAAAUGAUAGAAAACAGAGACAAAAGUGAAACCUACAAAGAAUGAAUUUCUCCUCAGCAUUGUUUACAACCCUCAGUAUCAACACUAUGUUCUGUCUCUCACUCUGAAAAAUGAUUUUUGAAUGGUCAUUGGUAGUGACUCUGCCUAGAUAUGUUCUUAAUUUUUAAGUAAAGAUCUAUAGAGUAUCUACUUCAGAAAUUCACAUGAUAGUUACAGAUACCUCUGGCUAAACAUACAAAAUAUAUACAUGUUAAUCUUAUCCAUGCAUUGGUAUUUCAGACUCAUUCCUCCAAAGCACUGCACAAUAGUCAGUUUACAAAUCUCAAGGAGGAUCAAGAAAAUAAUAUGACCAAUUUCUACAUAGUUCUCAUAAAGCAUACAAAUCUAUCAUAUCUCCAAGCUGUUUAUAAAAUUUUCUAUCAGAAAAUAUGUGGAAAAUAAUUUUUAAUAGCCCUUUUUCCCCCU